GCCGUUUCCGGCGGGGCGGGGGGGGAGGGGGGGCGCGCGCACGAUGGCGGCGCGCGCGGUGCUGUGCGCGGCGGGCUUCGCCCUGUCCCUGUACGCCCUGCACGUGGAGCGCGCCCACGCGCGGGACCCCACGUACCGGGCCGCGUGCGACCUGGGCCCCGCCGUGUCGUGCACGCGCGUGUUCGCCUCCAGGUGGGGCCGCGGGCUGGGGCUGGUGGAGGGGCUGCUGGGCCGGGACAGCGCGGCCAACGUCCCCAACAGCGCCAUCGGGCUGCUCUUCUACCUGCUGCAGGGGCUGCUGGGCGCGGUGCCGGGCACGGCGGCCUCGGCAACCCUGCUCGCCACCUCGGCGGCCUCGGUGGCCACCUCGUUGUACCUGGCGGCCGUGCUGGCCUUCGGCCUCCGCGACCUGUGCCUCGUCUGCCUGGCCACCUACGUCCUCAACGCGCUGCUCCUCUUCCUCAACUGGCGCCGCUGGCGGCGGCGGCACCACGGUCGCGACGCGGCGCCCAAACGGGAUUGAGGCGGCCCCGGCGGCAACAUGACGGGGGCUGCUCAGUUGUAGACCAAAAGUCGAUCCGGGGACCCACUUUUUCCUUCAGUUCCACCCCCAAAAUGGAUCCAGGAAUUCAGGGAACCACAUUUUUCCUCAGUUCUACUCCAAAAACGGACCCAGGGAUGCACGAA